UCUCAGUGAGGACCUCUCUCACCAGGGGCUGCUCUCUACGCUACAUCUCUCCUCCUAUCUGCCUUUUCCUUCAUUCUCUACGCUUGUAGAGACUGUCUAUAACAUCCUCCUUCUUUUGCAUCCCUCUUUGCCCUUGUCUCAUGCUGAUGACAUAUGAGGCUGGGGAUUAAUGUAAAGGGCAGCCCUCUGCGCUGGAUCCAAGAGCUGAGGUGAACGUCUGUUUUUCCAUCAGAGUGGAACAGUGCUAUAGACUGGGGAGCAUCACUUAUGCCAGCAGGUUACAUCCCCUGGAGCAGCAACGGGACAGCCUCGGGAGAAAACAGCUGCACUGAAGCCCCACGUGCAUGCCUGGAUGUGCUUUGUGUUGAUAGAUAGUACACUGAAAAAGGUAGGCAGAGGGCAGCAACAGAGGGGAGAGUAGUAUUUAGCAAGACACAAACCUCCAAAUAACGUUUUUGGGGGAGGUGGGUGUGGGAUUCACGGGGAGUGUUUUAAAUGUGAAAGGAGGAGUUGGGGGGGCUCUACUCUGCUCUCAGAUCAAAGAACUGGAAGAAGGAGGACCGCACAGUCUGAAGAGUCAGAGCGAGAGAGAGAGAGACUGGAGAGACUCCAGUCUCCAGAGACCACAGAAUUGCAAUUGAAGAGACUGUCUGCAGCACAGGGGGGUGGUUAUAAGGACACAAAGUGAGGGAACCAAUCAAAGGUCUUCAGAUCUUCAUUUGGACAGUGUGACCUUACUUUGUGAGUGAAGACUCAGAUUAAGAGGACAUCGAAGCAGGUCCCUUUAGGAAAUUGGAGGCAUUCUCUUUGCGCACAAAUCUAUAGGAGGAUCCAAAUAUGGCUGUCCAACUCAUCCCUGAAUCAGCCGUGUGUUUGCUUAUGAUGACAGAGGGCCGGCGAUGUCAGGUCCAUCUGCUGGACGACAGGAAGCUGGAGCUCCUCGUUCAGCCCAAGCUGAUGGCUAAAGACCUGCUGGACCUUGUGGCCUCUCACUUCAACCUCAAGGAGAAGGAGUACUUUGGAAUUGCAUACACAGAUGACACGGGCCAUUUUAGUUGGCUGCAGCUGGACCGCAGGGUAUUAGAACAUGAAUUCCCCAAGAAGUCUGGUCCCAUUGUCCUCUACUUCUGUGUCAGGUUCUACAUAGAGAGUAUAUCCUACCUGAAGGAUAACGCCACCAUUGAACUGUUCUUUCUUAAUGCAAAGUCCAUCAUAUACAAGGAGCUAAUUGAAGUAGACAGUGAGGUUGUCUUCGAAUUGGCUUCCUACAUUCUCCAAGAGGCUAAAGGUGAUUUCACUAGUAACGAUGUAACUAGGUCUGACCUGAAAAAGCUGCCUGCUCUACCCACCCAGGCCCUAAAGGAGCACCCGUCACUGGCUUACUGUGAAGAUCGGGUCAUAGAGCAUUACAAGAAGCUCAGCGGGCAGAGUAGAGGGCAGGCAAUCGUAAAUUAUAUGAGCAUUGUAGAGUCUCUACCCACAUAUGGAGUGCAUUACUAUUCUGUAAAGGACAAGCAGGGGAUCCCAUGGUGGUUGGGUCUGAGCUAUAAAGGCAUCUUUCAGUAUGAUUACCAGGACAAAGUUAAGCCCAGGAAGGUGUUCCAAUGGCGUCAAUUGGAGAACCUCUACUUCAGAGAGAAGAAGUUUUCGGUGGAAGUUCAUGACCCCAGGAGUAGGGCGUCGGUAACGAGAAGGACGUUCGGUCACAGCGGCAUUGCUGUGCAUACCUGGUACGCCUGUCCUGCCCUCAUCAAGUCCAUCUGGGCCAUGGCCAUCAGCCAGCACCAGUUCUACCUGGACCGCAAACAGAGCAAGUCAAAGAUCCAUGCAGCGAGGAGUUUGAGUGAGAUUGCCAUAGACCUGACAGAAACAGGAACACUGAAGACAUCCAAACUGGCCAACAUGGGCAGCAAGGGCAAGAUCAUCAGUGGCAGCAGUGGCAGCCUGCUCUCCUCAGGAUCUCAGGAAUCGGACAGCUCCCAAACGGCUAAGAAGGACAUGCUGGCAGCGCUGAGGGCCAGACAGGAAGCUCUGGAGGAAACGUUAAAGCAGAGACUAGAGGAACUCAAGAGCAUCUGCAUACGGGAGGCGGAGUUGACUGGAAAGCUUCCAAAGGAAUAUCCACUGGAUCCGGGAGAGGAGCCGCCAACUGUGAGACGGAAGAUCGGUACCGCCUUCAAACUGGAUGAGCAGAAAAUUCUACCUAAGGGAGAGGAAGAAGAACUUGAACGUUUGGAGCGGGAGUUUGCCAUUCAGUCACAGAUUACCGAGGCAGCCAGGCGUCUCGCCAGCGAUCCUCACGUAAGCAGUAAAAAGCUGAAGAAACAGAGGAAGACUUCUUAUCUGAAUGCACUGAAGAAGCUCCAGGAAAUUGAGAACUCCAUCAAUGAGUACCGGGUCCGCUCUGGCAAGAAGCCUACGCAGAGAGCGUCACUUAUCAUAGAAGAGGCCAAUAUUGGCUCUGAAGACAGCUCAUUGUCUGAUGCACUGGUCUUGGAUGAUGAUGAUCCUCAAGUUACAGGUACCCCCACCUUCUCUCCAGUAGCUUCACCUCAUAAGGGGCUCCCUCCAAGACCGCCAUCUCACAGUCGCCCCCCUCCACCGCAGUCCCUGGAUGGCCUGCGACACCUGCACUACACACGCUCUGACUAUGACAAAUCCCCCAUCAAACCCAAAAUGUGGAGCGAGUCAUCACUGGAUGAGCCCUAUGAGAAAGUCAAGAAACGCUCAUCUCACUCGAGUCACAGGCGUUUCCCGAGCUCGGGCAGUGCAGAAGCAGGGGGUAGUAAUUCUCUGCAGAGCAGCCCCAUUAGGAGCCUCCCUCACUGGAAUUCUCAGUCCAGCAUGCCAUCAACUCCGGACCUGAGGACCAGGACCCCGCACUAUGUACAUUCCACCAGGUCAGUGGACAUCAGUCCCACACGUCUGCACAGUCUUUCUCAGCACUUUAGGAACCGCAGCUCCAGCCUUGAGUCCCAGGGCAAACUGCUGGCAUCCGAUCCCGACGCACAUCCGCACACCCUGGGCAGCCCUGACUUCUUCCUCGGCCCAGGACGCAGCUCCAAUGGCUCCGACCCACUGGACGACUGUUCAUCCUGCACCAGCCAAAGCAGCUCGGAGCAUUAUUACCCCUCUGGAGGACCCCCUGGCAGUAACCCAAAUUACUCCACUCUGGGAGAAGAUUCACCCUCCAAAGCCAGGCAGAGGCAGAGGCAAAGACACAGGUCUGCAGGUCACCUGGGUUCCUCUAACUCUGGCUCAAUGCCAAAUCUGGCAGCUAAGAACGGUUCUGGUGGAGGAUUAGGUGGUAGUGGAGUGGGAGGGGGACACCAUGGAGUCUACCUCCACAGCCAGAGCCAGCCCUCUUCCCAGUACCGCAUCAAAGAGUACCCUCUAUAUGUAGAGGGCAGCCCCAACCCCGUGGUGGUGCGCAGCCUGGAGAGUGAUCAGGAGGGACACUACAGCGUGAAGGCUCAGUUCAAGACCUCCAGUUCCUACACGGCCGGGGGACUGUACAAAGAGGCCUGGGGGGCAGAGGAGGGAGGAGAGGGAAGCGGCCGACUUACGCCGUCGCGCUCUCAGAUCGUAAGGACUCCAUCAUUGGGGAGAGAGGGUGGUGGAGGCGGAGGAGGUGGGAGGGCGGCAGUUUCUGAAGAACUGCGGUGCUGGUACCAGAGGUCUUCAGGGAGCCUAAAGGAGAGGAGUCACUCACAUUCGGGAUCCACAUCCUCUGAGACUGGGUCACAGCAAGGCACUCUGGGACAUGGUCGAGGAAGUAGAGUAGGAACACUUGCCAAAGGCUCACCAGCUGCUUCCCCUCACAGCCAGAGGAGUAUGACCCCGUCAAGUGAACACACAGCUACACCCACACCUCCCUGCAGCCCACAGCACAUCCUUAACUGGCAGAGCGGGACUUUGAGUGACAGCUGUUUUCUCAGCAGCCCUCUGUGUUCAGAGCUGGCAGAUGUGCAGUGGUACGGACAAGACAAGGCCAAACCUGGAACGCUGGUCUGAGACCUUCCUAUGGGGCCUAGAAGAGUCCCAUUGCCCUCUCCUACUGCCUCUCCAUUGUCCCCCACAAUUAUCCAUCAACAACCGACAACCUCAUCCUUAAAGCCCUGCAGAAACCCUGCCCUGAGCAGACUUGACGGGCUGGACGUGAGCCUCCCUCCUCCUAACAUCUCACCACCUCUUAAUUAUGACCUGUCUAUUGCAGUUCAGCGGGACAGGGACUACUCGCUGGGCUCUUUAAGGGCAGAUUUCACAGGACGGACUGAGAAAUGCCACCUCAGCUGUUGAACUGUCACCCUACAGCACCACAGAGCCCUUUCUUUACUCACCUACUGCAGCACACAAAUAACAGGGCAACGGGAAGCGAGCGAUGGGAAGAGAGAGCACAGCAAAACGUCCCACAUGCAACUCAAAACUCAGCAGAAACAACACAGGCCAUUCCAGGAUCUCUUUCACAUUCAUCUUUGGUCCCCAGACUUACUCCAGUGCACUGCCUCCCAGUCAGAGGAUACCUGCUGGAUUUGAGCCACCAGUUUAAAACCCAUUUCCAGGCCCAAACGAACUGUGUCGCAUUUCAUUCCCAUUAACACUUGUUUGUCUUUCUUUUUCUUUAUUUCUUCCAGCGUAUUUAUAAAAAGAAAAGAUGACUGAAACAUUCAGGAGUUCUCUCUUUUACCCACAACCACAGACAGUUUCUGAAUCGACCAGUCACACCAGAGUUCUUGGGCAGGCACAAAGAAAAAAAGUGAAAACUGUAUUCAAAGUGACAAUAUCGGCAUGGUUUCUGAGAGACUGUCUGGAUAUUGAUAAGGACUAUAGCAAUAACAACCCUCGUAGAAGUCUUUGGACUGGUUUGAAUCGGCGGAGUGAAUUCAAGGAUCAUGACAGGGGGAAUUUGGAUUUGUGGUUGUUUGGCGUUACUCUUUUGCCUUCUUCACUGACUUCAUCCUUCAUGUUUAUUUUAAUAUCUGUGAUCUUCAGAGGAUUUCUCUGUCCGCAGCAGCAUGUUUGAUCACAUGGUGUAUGAGCCAGGGAGUAGAGGAGGUUUGGAAGAAAAGGUCAUUUAUGGGUGCUGUUCAGUCAUUACAGCACUUUUUUUUUUGGCUGAAGUUUGUUGGUCUGGCCUUUGCGCACUGUUUCAUAUUAAACCCUGAAAGAAAGAAAAAAUGUCUGACAUGUCUUGGCAUUACUUAUAUUUUAAUAUUGCAGUGGCUCAGUGAGAAUUGUUUAACCUUUGAUCUUGGCUCUACACCAGCUCUCACCAUGCUGAGUAUCCCUUUAUGGCACUGUGUUUACUCAUCUUACUUUGUCUGUUCCAAAUAUGUUGGUGCUUUACCUUAAUACUGUAAUUUACUACUGAAAUCAUUACAAACCACACAGCCCCUUUACUUCCCCACAGCAGAAAGCCCUUCUAUGAAAUUACAGUGAGGCACAGCGGACGGAUGACAUCCAACGAGGGUUUAUUUGGUAUUAGGUGAAAUAAAAAUGUAUUUUAACACCAUUAAGUCUGAAAGCACAACAUUAACAGUGUCUUUGAGGGCUGGACCUACAGUAAGUGUAUUCUCAUAUCAGUGUAACCACAAGGUGUUAAAGGGCAAUCCUCUCUGUAUUUCAGGCAUCAGAUAAUUAAAACCCCUGCUGUCAGGGAAGAAACGCUAAAGCCAACACACAAAUUCUUUAACUCGCUCAAAUGGAGAGAAUUAUUUUUCUCACAUGUCCUAAUCAAUCAAAUAUUCAGAACAGGGUUAGAAAAGCACAUCUAGUUUUGUAAAAAAAUAACAAUAAAAGGACAUUUGGCUGUUUUUUAGUCGUUUUCCUUCUCUUCCUUUGACAAAUGUUUCCGUUGCAAAUUCAUGCUCACCACUGUUUCCUUAUUCCUCAAAAUCUAAAUUAACCAAGUGUUAUUUUGCUCUAAAACACGUUGUGAAUCUCAGUGAUAGAUCCUAUAGCACCAUUCAGACUGGAUAAAAGGUGUAUUGUACUUCUUGGUAUGAGAGGAACCGUACGUCUUUCAUUUGUAUUUCCUUUAUAGACUACUGCGAGUUGUCGUAAUUUGCCCCUUUUUACAAUAUUUUACUAAGAAGGUUUCGCCCGAGCUCCUGCAUGGCUAGUUCUUGGACAGUUGUUCAUGCCAAGCUUGGUCAAAUUGAAUAAGUCUUUAAGCAGAGUUGGAACCAGUGAUCACUGGUUACCACCUAAUAUGACUUCUUUACUCGAGUGUAUUUGAGUUUGAUCUUGCUUUUCACUCCAAAACAUUUCUGUGCUAGACAAAAAAUCCCACGCAUGCUGUGCAGAUCCUCUGAGAAAUGAAGACCCCAAAGACAGCGCCCAGCUCCUUCGUGUUACCAUUAGCACGUUUUACUCCACGGUGUCAUCCCGCACCAAAAAAAAGUACCAUUUUGACCUUGUUGUAAUCUCUGACCUCUGAGCCCAUUGUGAAGACGUGUGACAUCCCUUCCCUUCAUAUUUCCAAACAACAUAUUUCCUGUGCUCCAUACUAAUGUAUGAGGUUUUUGUAAUACUCCCAAGAGAAGAAAUGAACUAACUAUUUUAUCAAGUCUUUUCCUGUAUGUACUGAUGGGGCACUGUUAGAUUUUGUGGGGUUUUUAACAUUCACAUCUAUUGUUUUACAAUGUUCCAUUUUAAAUGAACCAGUAUUGUUUUUUUUAAGUUUCGGACAUUGUAACAACCCUUUCAGGUGCUACAAAAUGACCACUUACUGCUUUGUCACGUAGGAUCUAGACAUCUCUUCAUUGUUAUCAAUAGAUUCAAUACCAGAUGUGCAAAAUGAAGCUUAUUUUAACAAACAGUUUAAUAGUAGAAGCACUUCCUCUACCAGACAAUAGAGCAUGUAACUCAAUUUUAUCAGUUCUCUUCAACUGAAACAGUACAUUAAAGGUGUUGUAGGAAAACAAUGUGGAAUUGAUUAAAAAAAAAACUUAAUUCCACACUUAAUUUAUUCUUUUUUCUAUUAAGAAUUUGUAUAGUAACUUUGCAUUUUUCAAAACUGUGUUGUUCAAAAUUGAUGAUGAAAUUUUCAAGACGAGAAGCUGUGGUGGUUCUUGAGAGUAAGAAAAUAAAUUAUUGAUGAAUGUUCUCAA